AUGAAUUCACAAGCACCCAACAAUUCACCGCGGAAUUUCCUCGCUCGACGCGAGCAGGCCCGGCUGCUGGUGUUGGUUUUCAGCCUGGGGUUGGUCUUCGUGCUGAUGGGUGAGGCCGCCAAACCGCAGAACUGGUACUGGUUGUGGGGAGGCCACCCGCCGCAAGAAACCUCCCCGGCCGACGAUCGUCCCGCACCACCGGACGAACGCGAGACGGUAGACACCCGACUUCGCCCUCAAACAAACACGUCCGAUCCGGAACAUCCCGUCGUCGAAGCCCCAGAUAUCGCCUCGGAAGAUGACACCUGGGCCGCUCCAGAAGGAGUCGCGUACGAAGCGAACCUCAUGCCGGGCGUUCGCCAGACCGACCUCGAAACCAUUCAGGACGACUCCGGCUUCAACCGCGAAGAAAACGAAAUUUUCGACCGCUGGCUCGUUCAGUCCGAUCGCCUCGGUGUCGAUGCCCUCGCCCAACGAACCCUGGGCCCCACCACGCACCUGCAGCUUUACAAACAAAGCAACGUCUAUCGCGGGCGAGUCGUCUCGCUCGAGGGCACCGUCCGUCGGGCCCUUCGCGUGCAGGCCCCCGAGAACGAUCUGGGAAUCGACACUUAUUACCAGUUGUGGCUUCAGCCCGAAGAUCGCCCCACGCUGCCAAUCGUCAUCUUCAGCCGCAACCUUCCCGAGGGAUUUCCCGUGGGGACCGAAAUCCGCGAGGAAGUGACCCUCGAAGGCAUUCCCUUCAAGCGGUGGCCCUAUAUGGCCCGCGACACCAUGCGAACGGCCCCAUUGGUCAUCGCCCCCACCGUUCAAUGGCAGCCUGAAGUAGUAGUCGCGCAAGAUCGCAUUUCUCCACGGCAGCUCACGCUUGUAGUACUCGCCGCCGGGGUGCUCGCCACCAUCGUGGUUACCACCAUCGUCAAACGUACAAACCAGGUCCGUGCCGUGUCGCAAUCACCAUUCGCCAAAGGACUGACGCGAAUGGUUCACCAACGUCUCACGCUGAAUCAAAGCCUUCGCCUGCACGCGGGAAAGCGACACUUGAUGGUGUGGAUCGUGGCACUACUCUGUGCGAGCAGUGUAACCAUCCCUGCCAAAGCCCAAAGUACGAGCGAAAUGUUGCGCCUUCUCGGUGUACAAGAUGAGCACCUAACCGCAUUCAUCGAUGGACAACCGGCCGGUGAAGAUGAAACAGAACCCUUGCUGCGGAUGCUCAACGCCGCCGGCCGGUUCGACACGCUCCGCCUGCAUCGCGGCAUCCGCGACGAUAUAACGCUCGAAGACCUCACAACCCAGCCUAGCACGUUCCGCGGUGAAAUCGUGCAGUUACAGGGUCGUCUCCAAAAAGUGCAGGUCGAACGACCACCGGCGGAACAAGCCACGCGAUUUGAGCUAGCCAAGUACUAUCGCUGCGAAGUGUUGCUCGAGCCCUCGCAACUUCCGGCCACCGUCUAUGCGAUCACCGUCCCUCAUCAAUGGGCCGAGGGAGCCGAAGACCUCGAUCAGCCGAUCAGCUUCGUUGGGUUUUUCAUCAAGACGGUCGGCGAAAGCGAGGAUGACCCGCAACCGGUGUUCGUCACCCGCCGCCUGGCAUGGCACCCCGCCACCACCCUGGGCAAGCUGGGGAUGGACGUCGGGUUGUUCGACACGGUCAGCGAUCACAGCCCCAUCAAAGCCAGCGAACGCGAAGCCUUCUAUCAACUGCUGGCCGCCACAGGGCGUGCCGAGAUGAGCCAACUCGACCGGCUCACUCAGGACGAUUACUCGGUCGAGCCGUUGUUCAACGCCCCCGAGUUACAGCGAGGUCGUCUGGUGGGUCUAAGCGGCGUCGCACGGCGCAUCACCAAGAUCGUCGUCGACGAUCCCGACAUCGUGGAGCGGUUCGGCAUCGACCAUUACUACGAAGUCGGCGUGUUCACCGACGACUCGCAAGGCAACCCGGUUAUCUUUUGUGUUCGCGAACUGCCCGAGGGCAUGCCCACCGGCGACCGCAUCAGCGAAGCGGUCCGCAUCCCGGCCUUCUUUCUGAAGACAUGGACCUUCGAAACCGCCCAACUCAACCAGAAAGCCGCCGAACAGGCAGCCGAAGGCCAGCCGCGGCAGCGUCUGAAGCAAGUCGCCCCACUGCUCAUCGGCAAAAGCCUGCACUGGCAAACCGCCCCGGUCGCCGCCCCGCCGGGAAUCUCAGGUUGGGUCGCCGGCUCGCUAUUCCUACUAGCCCUGGCCGGCGUUUGGUUCGGAGCAUGGCGACGCCACAAAGCCGACCGCACCUACGCACAAGGAACCCUGGCCCGCGCCCGCGAACCCGAAGAAUCCACCCUCGACACCACGGGCUUCGAAGCCAUGGAAGAAGAGCCCAACUUCUCAGACGAAUAA